GAAACCUUCAAAAUCAAAAUGGAACAAGAUUUGCCCACCUUCAUCCGCCCUUGCAAACUCCGAGGCAACUCUUCUGCAAGUUCUCGUCCUCUCAUUCCCGGCCCUACUGGUGUCGUCCAGGCCGCCAUGAUUCAACGCAGCUCCACCACCGACGGACACCUCAUUCCAACCCAACAAUUUGUUAGGCGCGUCGUCGAAGACGGUCACGACACUGAUCCCGAUUUUCACUCUAAUGCUUGGCUUUCAGCCCUGCAAUUAGGCGGAUCUGCAACUCCUCUGGGCUCCAUCACUCACCAUCUAGAAAGGGUCGAUCUCAUCGUCGCAGUUAUCAAAUCAUGCACACCAAACGGAUUCGGCGAUGUGUCAGUUACACUGAAGGAUCCUACGGGCACUGUCGGUGCUAGUGUCCAUCACAAGGUUUUCAAUGAAAGCGAAUUUGCGAAAGACAUAAAUGUUGGAUCUGUUAUGCUUAUCCAGAAGGUAGCUGUUUUUUCUCCUAGAAAAUCUAAUUGUUAUCUGAACAUAACAUUGCCCAACAUAGUUAAGGUAUUCUCUAGUGACUGUGGACCUCCAUCAGGAACAUUCACCGACAUUACAGAAGAUUGA